CACCAGGCGCGUGGAAUGAGAGGCGGUCGCGGUAGUGCUCGUGGCGCUGCGACAAUCGAUAACAACGGAGUAGAGCGCGCUGGCCCAAUCACCACGACGGCGCUUCGCGUUAGUCCAUGGCACGCCUCCUGUAGCACGGGCGAUUUGAUCGGAUUGGUUAAAGAUUGUUUCACGUCUGAUAAUCUAGCCUGAGUGAAUGGUCAAUUUCACAAAAAGGACCUGUCUGCUUGUGAUGGGAGGGUCACAAUCGAUCAGACACGGAGGUGCAUCUGAAGGUACAGGCGAUCCAGCGGGUGCAGAUAAACAAAUCCUCCCAUGCGACAACAACACCUGACGAAGAUCAGUCGGAUGAGACCACCCACCCACCACUAUUCUAGAGGGGAACGCCUGACUAAAGUCAGAUAUGUCAAGACAAUGCUGAUCAAGGCUAUAAACUUC